AUGAAAAGUCUAUUGAGUAACAACGAAAAAUUACGAAAAGAAUAUAAAACAUUAAAUAAGUGGCUUAUUGAGAAGGAUAACAAAAGGAAGUUAAAUGCUAUUGACGAAACUAGACAUGCCGUUUUUAAGAAAGCGAGAAUUUCUUCAAGUGUAGUUAACAUUGGUAAUGUACAUCAUGAACGGGAUUCAGGAAAUGCAUCGGUUAAUCGUGAAUUUGAAAAAGAAAAAGGAAAUGUGCAGUAUGAUGAAAAGAUGCAAGAAAUAAAAGGCGUUCAUCAACUAUUAUCUCCGUCGAUUUCAGAAGAUAUACAGGAUAAACAAAAAAUAAAGAGAGAACGCGAAUCUUCACCACCGAUUACACAAAAGUUCUCUCACACCUGCGGAACAAGGCUCAUAAUUUCUUCUCUCCGAGAAGCCGAGAAACGCUUUUUUGUGUUUCAAGGUGGAAACGAACCCGAGAAACCGAGAAACGCUUUGUGUUUGGUAGGUGGUGAUAAUCCGAGAAACAUUUCUUAUGUUUCGAUCGAUGAACGGGCCGGAAACCGAGGAAACACUUUGUGUUUCGUUAGGUGGAAAUCCCGAGAAACCGAGAAACACUUUGUGUUUGGUGGUGAUAAUCCUAAAAACAUAUUUAGCACCAAAGAAUAUGUUGUUAGGUGA